CUUUUCUGUUCACAACCAUCCGAUUGCGUUUCAGUUUGCGCUUGUAAAGAUGGGUGGUAAGAUCGAUUGUUAUUUUGAUAUUGCGUCUCUGUACAGCUACCUCGGCUUCGUGUACCUCGUCGACAAUCUGAGCACACUGAAAGCUCAUGGCGUCGACGUUGAAUUCCAUCCGAUGCUAAUUGGCGCGGUGAACGCAAAGACUGGCAACAAACCGCCAUGGAGCGUCCCAGCCAAAGCACUCUACGGGACCAAUCACGAAGCAGCCCGGGCAGUGAACCAUUUCGGGCGGCCUCAGAUCCGGUUCCCUAAGGAUCUCAUGUCCAUGGGACAUACUAUACUUCCCCUGCGGUGCCUCCAUUACAUUAAACGUCAAUACCCCACCGAGACGUACCACGCCAUGCUAGAGCACCUCUUCCACGCCUUCUGGACGCCGCCCAACCUGAAUCUAACGCAGGUCGACGUGCUCGCCAAGGUGCUUGCCGACUCGGGUCUAUUCUCUCCCAAGGAGUGCGAGACGAUCCUGGUGGCGGCCAAGGAACAGGAGGUCAAGGACAUGCUCACCAGGACCACCCAGGAGGCUCUGGACAAAGGUGCCUUUGGGGCGCCGUGGCUGUGGGUGACCAAUGCGCAGGGGAAGAGUGAGCCUUUUUUCGGGAGUGACAGGUUCAACUACGUCUACAAGUUUCUUGGGUUGCCGUAUCAGGAUGUCCAGUUGCUGCCUCCAGGAGCAAAGCCAAAGCUGUGAUUCUUUGUUGUGGGAAAACGGAAAUGACCACCACCAACGUUUUUUUGUCUCUAUAGCAAAGGGUAUCUCUAGCCAACCGUCACUUCCAUAGUAAUCUC